CUGUAUUGGUACUUCUUACUUUUACCUACUUAACACACACUUUCUUCAGGUAGCCUAGUACUUAGCAAAAUUAGUGUAGGUGGGUGACUUAUGUAAUGGAGCAAGUCCGAGGUUGGACCGGAUCCAUUAAUUCUGUAACGGGAGUUUUUUCAAGUCUGUCAGGGGAUUACCCGGACUCAAUCUGUCCACGGGCCUCCCGAUAGACACCUCUCUUCUCUCUCGGAGAGUUAGUCUACCUCUCAACAUGGCACAUCUUUCUCCGAGGUAACUCAUCAGGCGCAAAAACUGAGUUUAGCUGACCUUUUUUCUCUUUACCUGAGCGAGGGGAUGCCCUGCCUCUACUCCGAAGUGCUGGGGUUCAUGGAGCGUGCGAUUCCAGGGGCAUCUCCCGCCGCAGGGAUAGAGGAGUCCUUCCGUAGGGAAACGGUAACUGAGCCGCAGAUGGUGAAGGGCAUGGGUUGGUUCUUCUCCCCGCUGUGGAGCCCCCGCUCCAAGACGCGUCGCUGGAGGUUUGGAGACGGCACGCAAAGCGAGCAAGUGGCAUGGCUGGAUGACAACUCCGAUUUUACCAGGGCGUACUUUUUACGCAGAGCUUCAGCUGGUCCACAGGCAGAGAUGUCUCCACUGCUGCCCAGGCUUCCAAGGAGCAGCUCUGACUACUCUGACCUGCUCAUGAAGGGUCAUCAUCGCAGAGCUUCCUCACCAUUGACCAGCUCACACCUGAACAUCUCAUCCAUAAUGGACAAGCUCAGACCCCUCACCUCCAAUCUCAGUGCCACUGAGGGGAUGGAUCGCUUCAGUCCAGAUGCACUGGGCACACCUCACACCUCCUGCUCUCCUCGCUCUUCCCGCUGCUCUAUUUCUCCCAUUCGUCCCCUUUCUCCUAUUUGUCCAUGCUCUGCCGACGUACACAACUCUCCUCAGCCUCUGCGUCCCACCGCUACAAAGACUGCUGCCUGUGGCUAUGGUGAGGGAUGCCCAUGGAUGAUGGAGCUCCUGAGAGGAGGCCUCAGUUGGAUGGGCUCUGUGGCAGAGCUCUGCCAGGGGGCUGUCCUGCAUGCUGGGGAGCUACUUGCAGCUGAAGGAGUCUCCCUCUCCCUGGUAAAAAAAGCCUGUAGUGGAGGGAGCACCUUGGAGGAAGUGACUGACCCAACAGCACUGGGGGGCUUGAGUGAGGGUCUCUGUAGCCAUCCACAUAUGGAGCUGGUGAAAAGCAUCAUGGGAUGUGUACUGGCUACAGGGUCACCAAUGAACCUGAGAGAUGUAUCUGAGGACCCCAGGUUUGACUUCGAAGACGACCAGUCAGCAAAGAUUAAGACUGUUCUGUGUGUGCCCAUCAAGAACCAUGGAGGAGAGGUGGUAGGUGUAGUGGUAAUGAUCAACAAGAGACAUAGCAGCAAUGGAUCAGUUUCUGUUUUUACCAACAUGGAUGAAAAGGUGCUGUCCAAUCAUAUGGAUGUAUUGGGGAUGGUCCUGGACAACAUCCAGCUGUAUGAAAGCUCAAGACAGGAGGCCAAACGCAGUCAGGCCUUGAUAAAGAUGGCACAAGUACUAUCAAAGGAGCACCACUCCUUUGAUGUUCUGCUGAGUAAGAUGGCUGCCACCAUCAUGCCCUUCACACAUGCUCAGUACUGCACCAUCUUCAUCCCUAAUAAGGAAGACAAGAUUUCUUUUUCCCACGUGAUCCACUUGGAAUGUGAGGAGCUCGGAUCAACCUGCCAGAUCUACAGAAGGGAGCUUGACAUCAGCGAUAUAGACCCAUCAUAUGCCCUUCGAACUCUGGUCGCUAUGGAAACCCUUAAUAUGUCAGAGAGUUCUGAGGGAUCAAUUAAGAGUCUGAUCUGCUGCCCUGUCAGGAAUGAGAGUUCUGAGAAUGUUAUUGCUGUGUGCCAACUGAUGAACAAAGUGAGCAGAGACUCAGAUGAGAUGGAGGCUUUUAACAGAUAUGAUGAGCGCCUGCUGGAGGACCUGGCAGUGUACUGCGGCCUGGCUCUGCAGUAUGUUCAGGCUGUCCAGAUCACAGAGGAGCGGAGAGCCAGUAUAGAAGUCACACAAGAGGUUCUUGCCUACCACAUCACUGCAGCAGAAGAGGAAAUCCAGGCAUUGCAGGAGGUCACCAUUCCUUCUGCCGAGUCACUGCAUAUUCUAGACUUCCAUUUCUCUGAUUUUGGCCUGCCAGAGGACCUCACCACACAGGCCACCAUUCGGAUGUUCCUGGACCUCAAUCUGGUGCAGGAUUUCAAGAUUGAUUACAAGAAUCUCUGCCAGUGGGUCCUCACCGUGAGACGUGGUUACAGAAACAACGUGCCUUAUCACAAUUGGAACCAUGCGCUGAGUACUGCUCAAAGCAUGUUUGCUAUGCUCAUGGUAACAGAUGAGCUCCAGGGUAUUUUCUCCCGUCUAGAGAUCUUUGCACUGAUGAUAGCCACUCUGAAUCAUGAUCUCGACCACAGAGGUGUCAGUAACUCGUACAUAGAAAGGAGUCAACAGCCUUUAGCUCAGCUGUAUGGCCACUCUUCUCUUGAGAACCACCACUACAACUUGUGCCUGUUCAUCCUCAAUAACACUGGGAGUCAGAUUCUCAGCGGCCUCUCUACAGAGGACCACAGAACUGCACUACAUAUGAUCAAAAGGGCAAUCCUCGCCACAGACUUGGCCGUCUACAUGGAGAGAAGAAAAGAAUUCUUCUCUCUCAGUAAGAAAAGCAAAGUGAACUGGAAGAGUGAGAAACAAAGAGAUCUGCUGAGAUCAAUGUUGAUGACAGCCAGUGACCUCUCUGCUAUCACAAAGCCUUGGCCUGAACAGAAAAGGAUCGCCAGCCUGGUUGCCAUGGAGUUCUUUGCACAAGGGGACAAAGAAAAAAAGGAGUUCAAAAUCAAGCCCAUUGACAUCAUGAACAGAGAAAACAGCACACGACUGCCGUACAUGCAAGUGGAAUACAUUGAUGAGAUCUGUUAUCCACUCUACAAGGCUGUAUCAAGACUGUUUGACAACUGCUCUCCACUGCUGAACGGUUGUAAGAAGAACAGAGAAAAUUGGCUGCAUCUUGCUGUGGAAGCGCAGGAAGGAAUCAGUGAGAAUAGUUGCACUUUAACCAUGGAAACACACAAAAACAAUGAGGAAGAUUCUCAGACAGAUGAAUAGAGAGCUGGACAGAUGAUUAACACCUAGCUUUGGAAACAAAAAGGAACUUGACCUGCCUACAGCAUACUCUCUUGGACAUGUGUUGACUAAAUCUGGACCAAGUGUUCAUGCAUUUGAACUUUGACUACUAAAUGUGUUCAUGGGACAUGCAAUAAUUGUGACUAAUAAAAGCAAUACUGCAUUUAUAUAUACCCUGUAGCAUGUCCAUUGUUAACCCCGUCAGCAAUAUAAAGUCUCAUAAAACAAAUAUAAACAAAUAUAUUUCCUUACUUUUAUUAAGGACUGAAGCUGCAGAAGCCUGGAAAAUGAAUUUGUUCAUAUCCAUGUAUCUGCAUUUUUCUCUAGUUUUAUGAAUGCAUAUCCAAAUGUACUAAUGCACACUGGGAUUUGCAAAUUUGUAUGCAGAUUUGAAAAUGUAAAUGUGU